GCUUCAGUAUCGAAAAAAGAAUCGAAGAAGAAAGGAAGGCGAUGGCUACGUUGCGCCCGACAUUGCAGGAGACGGCGCGGCUCCCGUGGGUGAACGCCGCCUUCUUCGGGCUGCAAUCGCUGCUGACGUGCAUCGGCCUGGCGGUAGGUGACGCGGGCGACGUGCGCGCCCAGACCGACACGUUGUUGACGCCUGCAGCGUACGCCUUCUCCAUCUGGAACGUCAUCUACCUGCUCUGUAUGAUUCUACUCAUCACCGACAUUUCGUACGCGGGACUAUCGCUCUACGACUCGGCUGCCAAGCCCAAUGCGCUACGGCUAUGCUUCGCCGCCUCCUGUGUGGUUAACGGCACGUGGUGUAUUGUUCUGGCCAGCGGACACGUGGUGGGUGCCAGUGUGCUGGUAUCGCUGCUAUGGCUGACGCUGCUGCCACUCUACGUCUUUGCAAGCUACGAGCGCAACGUCAAAACGGUGUUGUGGCACGAAUAUCUGUGCAGUGAGCUGUGCAUCCGACUGUACUUUGCGUGGAUCACGGUGGAGGCCGUUGUGAGCUGGACCAUGGCGUUGCAGAUCAAGGACGGCAGCUACCUGCAGCUUUCGACAUAUCUAACAAUACUGGCUGUAUUACUAGUGAUGGCGCUGUCAGGGCUUUCGCACGGUCGAGAUCCUAUCAUGGCUCUAGUAGUGACGUGGGCGCUCGUUGGCAUCAUUUCCAAGGACGUCUCGAGUCUCGACGGUCAAAUUGUCAAGGAUUUCGAGAAGAUACAGGCAGCUGCAACACUUGGAGCUGGUGUGUUGAUUGCUAUGGUGCUGGUGUCGUGUAGCUACUGGAUCAUUGAAUUUAACUGCAAGUCGAAGCCGCUGUCGCCCCCACCAAGACGGCUCUCUAGACUCUCCCAAGCCUCUGCUAAAGACAACGAUUACGGCUCGAUCAGAUUCGUGGCGGCAGCCUGAUGUCGCUUCCUCCUGCUCGGACUCUCCACCAGUAUAUCCAUGUUACGUUUGACUCAGAAAUUUAUUUUUCUCCAAUCAUGAUGACGAAUUUUGAGUUUUCCCGCCAAUCAUAACCGUCAAUUGUCCUU